AUGGCACCAUUGAGACAGGAUAGCUACCUUAUUAUAUACCCAGGGUCCACGCGGACUCUGGUUCAGUUCGGGAUCGGGGAAGAUACGCUACAACCGCCUACAAUUUCUAUUCCAACUAAGGUUUAUCGGGAUGCGAAUGGUUCAUUUACAUCCAAGGAGACGGAAGAUGUGGUAUUUCCAAUAGAGGAUGGGUCAAUUGUUGAUAUUGAUGCAUUUCAAUACCUAUUAAAGUUGAUAUACAAGUCGGUAUUAAAGCAGCAGAGCGAAGAUAGUCCAAUUGCGUGGGACACCACACUUUCGAAUAUUCCGUUCUUGCUUAUCUCGCAUCAUUCGUGGACACAGUUCCAGGAAGAGUUACUAUGCAGGCAUGUAUUUGAAUCAAUGAAGUUGAACCACUUUGCCAUUUUACCUAGUUCGCUGGCCAGUUCAUUUGCGUUUGGUUCAUUACAAAAUUGUAUUGUACUUGACAUUGGAAAGCAGCACACUGAUGUGAUUCCCAUUAUGGAUUACACCCCACUCACAUGCUUUACAAGACAAAUUCCAGUUGGCGGAGACUUGAUCAAUGAACAUCUAUCGGACGUUCUUCCAAAUUUAUCCAAAUCCCAAAUUGAAGACUUGAAGAGAUCUGAUAUAUAUGAGAUUUUGCCGCAAGAUAUAUUAGAUCAAUAUGGAGUCAACAAGAAGGAUGAGGAUGAUGGGGCAUUGGAUGUGGCUGCCAUCGUUACCAGUGGGCGUGAUACAAGAGAGAUAUUAGAGGAGCGCGAGAACAGCAAGACUCAUGAGAAGAAAGAAAACAGUGAAUUGGAGUCGAAUACAUUUUUCGACAGUAACGGUAAUUCAAUUACGGUUGGAAGACAAAGAUUCACUGGCUAUGAGGAGCUUAUUUCUAAGAUAUCAAAAGCAACGGGUGAAGUUAUGAACCAAAUCGAUGAUAUUCCAAAAUUAAAAUCUAUGUGGGAGAAUGUUAUCAUUGUUGGUGGAACUACUCAUAUCAAGGGUUUUAGAGAAGCCUUAUUGGCUCAGCUAUUGAGUGAUCAUAUCGUAACAGAACCAGAAGAAGAACGUCUACAAAGGGAAGAGGAGGAAAAGAAGAAGAAUUCUGCUAAUCAAAAGAAGUUCGGAAAAGUUGCCAAUUUGCCAUCUCUAAAUCAAAUCGAAUACGUACAGCCUCCUUCUAUCAUUCUAACUCCAAAAUUCCCCGACUACUUCCCUGAAUGGAAAAAAAUUGGAUUUACAGAUGUUACGUUCUUGGGAGCUCAAAUUCUCACUAAACAGGUUUUUGGUCAUUCAAACACUUCUUUCUAUGUAACAAGAGAGAAAUACGAAGAAUUGGGUCCUGAAGCCAUCUGGGAAGUAUCCUUUUAG